ACACGUUCUGGUGACGUUGUAGUGACUUUCCAUGUGUACGGAAGUUGAUAGCAUGAAAUCUCUAAAGCUGUAUGUAGUCAGGUCUGGUCAUACGAUCCACCAGAAAAGACAAAUGGCACAAAAAUUAGUACAGAUUCAUACUUCAUAACGCACUUACUGUCCGUAUCUGUGAGUCUGCUCCUUUUCACGGUGCAGUUUCUGGAGAAGCCUUGUCACAAGCCUCAAAGGAAGAGGGCUAGCUAGCUAGCUGUACGAUGAGUUCCCAAGAUAUGUUGAAGAAUGCCUCCACUCUCGCGUCAUACAAUGUCUUGCUUCAGGUCAUGUUUCGUGUGCUCACCUUUUUGCUGAACGCAUUCACACUGCGCUUUGUGUCCAAAGAGCUGAUUGGCGUUGUCAACGUCAGGUUGACACUGCUGUACUCCACGCUGGUCUUCUUGUCCAGAGAGGCCUUCAGGAGAGCCUGUUUGAGUGGCGGAACAGAUCACAACUGGAGACAAGUCAUCAACCUGCUAUGGCUGACGUUGCCACUGGGUGUACUAUGGGCAUCUCUCCUUGUGUGUGUGUGGCUGUGGCUCCUGGAGGUUCCGGAUCCCCUGACUAUCCCCCACUACGGCCCCGCUGUGGGGCUCUUUGCCCUGGCCGCACUGCAGGAGCUGCUGGCUGAGCCUCUCUGGGUCCUGGCUCAGGCCCACAUGUUUGUCAGGCUGAAGGUGGUUGCUGAGAGCCUGGCCAUGGUGGCUAAGUGUGUUCUGACAGUGGUGCUGGUGGUCUCUGCUCCUCAGUGGGGGCUCUACAUAUUCUCUGCUGCUCAGCUGGUGUACACAGGGUUCCUGGUGCUGUGCUACUUUGUCUACUUCCUGCGUUUCCUGGGCUCUGGGGAGGCCAACAGGAAGUACUUCCCCCUGCAGUGUGUGGCAGACCUGCUGCCCUCCAGUGUUGAAGGAGAGCCUGUGAUUGACUGGACGUUGGCCAGGCUGACGUGGAGCUUCUUCAAGCAAUCCUUUCUGAAGCAGAUCCUGACGGAGGGAGAGCGUUAUGUCAUGACCUUCCUCAAUGUGCUGAGCUUCGGGGAGCAGGGCGUGUACGACAUCGUCAACAACCUGGGCUCAAUGGUUGCCCGUUUCAUCUUCCUGCCCAUCGAGGAGAGCUUCUACGUCUUCUUUGCCAAAGUCCUGGAGAGGGGGCGGGACGUCAGGCAGCAGAAACAGGAGGAGGUUGCCAUAGCAGCUGAAGUUCUGGAGUGUCUGCUGAAGCUGGUGCUUGUGAUUGGUCUGAUCAUCACAGUGUUUGGUUACGCCUACUCCCACCUGGCUCUGGACAUCUAUGGGGGAUCUCUACUGAGCAGUGGUGCAGGGCCCAGUCUGUUGCGAUGCUACAGCUCCUAUGUGCUCCUACUGGCCAUUAAUGGAAUAACUGAGUGCUUUGUCUUUGCUGCCAUGAGCAAGGAAGAGGUUGACAGGUAUAACCUGGUGAUGUUGGCUCUGUCUAUCUCCUUCCUGCUCCUGUCUUACAUGCUGACGUGGUGGGCAGGGGGCAUUGGCUUCAUCCUGGCUAACUGUCUGAACAUGGGCCUGCGUAUCCUUCACAGCCUGUUCUACAUCCACCGCUACUUCCUGUUAAGCCAGUGGACGCCUCUGCGCGGCCUGAGGCCCUCCCCUCUUCUGCUGCUAGCUCUGGCUCUCAGUGCAGUCCUCACUGCUCUCUCUGAGGGUGUGUUCUGUUGUGACGGAGGAUGGUUACUAAGGCUGGUUCACAUCGCCGUGGGAGCCGGGUGUCUACUGGGUGUACUUGUCACUGUCCUUCUCACAGAGACAAAACUUGUUCAGUUUGUUCGGACUCAGCUCUUACCUCGCUAUGGGAAGAAACACACCUAAACCUGCCCAGCAGAGGAGUAACCUGCCAACUAUAAUGAGAGAGAGAGAGACAGGAUAAUCCGAAUGGCAGAAGGAUACAUAGAUCUGAACACAGUGACUUGGAGGGGAAUGUGGAAACAGCUGCAAUCCUAUGUGACCCUGUCAUGGACUGAGGGUGAAGUUGGAAUGAGCAGCUCACUGGCCAAAAAUGUGUGUGUGUGUGUGUGUGUGUGUGUGUGUGUACACAGUAAGGUCUAAAAAUAUUGGCAACAUUGAUAAAGAUGAGCAAAAAACACUGUAUAAAAUAAAUACAUACAAAUAC